AUGCGGAUUAACCGGCAGACGGCCGUCAGCCGGUGCCGGCUGUCAACUCUGACGGUGCGAGCCGCGUCUGACGGUCAAGCGGCAGCGGAGACGGCUGAACCACAGUCGGCGUCGUUCGAUGCGUCGCUCGUGAGCAAGAACAGCGUCGUGGUGCCUGACUCGGAGCUGAGCAUCACCAAGACGUCGUUCGGCACCAUCGGCCUGACGGUGGGGCUGCUGCUGCUGUCGUACGGCUUUGGCGCCUACUUCCAGUUCCUGCCGGGCUCCGAGUCCUCCGCCCUCAUGCUCACCUACGGCUUCCCCACUGCGCUCAUCGGAUUCGCUCUCAAGUAUGCGGAGCUCAAGCCAGUGCCAUGCACAUCGUAUGCCGACGCUGUUGCUCUGAGGGAGGCACAGGCCACGCCCAUCCUGCAGCAGGUGCGCAGUGACGUCACGCGGUUCCGCUAUGGAGACGAGCAGCAUCUGGAGGAGGCCCUGAAGAGAAUAUUCCGCUACAACCUGUCGGGAGGCAUUCAGCGCAGAAACGCACCCACACUUACCUCCAUCAGCGAGCAGGUGUACAACGGACGGUACUCCCUGGUGCUGAUAUUUGAGGCCCCGGCUCUCUCGAAAGCGGAUUUCACGGAGAGGCAGGCCAAGUUCACAUCCUUCUUUGGGCCGGGCGUGCAGGCCUUGAUUGAGGAGGUGGGAUCCAAGACCUUUGCCGUGCGCCUGGUGUCAACCUGA